AUGGCUGGACGACAACCUAUGGGACGCCAUGGCGGGCCCUCAAAUAACGACGACCUCUUGCUCGACCUGGACAACGAGCAGCCAAUCUACAGCGCAGGCCAGCGGUCGGCCUUGAACGACGACGAUCUUGCCCGAGCCUAUGAUCUCGACCACGACCCGCAGAGCCGGCCCUCUGUGUCCUACGAUGACUUUGUCGGAGCCGAGCCGUCAUAUCCACAGGCAGGUCGCUCCAUGGGAGCGCAGGCGGCGCAACCGCCAGGAAACCCAGGGCCGUAUCACGCUGGGCAAUUCAGCCAAUCGUCGGACCUCGACAACUACCAGCGCUACGCCGACGACUACGAAGACUAUCCUGAAGAUGACAUGUUAUACCAGCAAGGAGGCGCCGGGGAUGCGGGGCAGUCCUCAGCUGCUAGAAACAAUGCGAUGGCCCGCAACAGUGUGCUGACUCUGGGAGGAGGCUUUUUUGGCAAGCUGAAGCAUAGGCUCGGGAUGGGCCAGGGCUACUCAGAGAUGGAUUUGCCUCUGACAGAGCCCGGGGCGAGGGUCCCUUCGCAACAACAGCCGCCGGAACAGCCCAAGGGGAAUAUGAUGAGCAAAUUCAAGUUUGGCCGUAGCAAACCGGAUCCUUCGACUAUGGGACCAAGGAUCAUCCACCUGAAUAACCCUCCUGCGAACGCCGCCAACAAGUACGUUGGCAAUCACAUUUCAACGGCCAAGUACAACAUCGCUACCUUUCUACCCAAAUUUCUCUUUGAACAAUUCUCAAAGGUUGCCAACAUCUUCUUCCUGUUCACGGCCGCUUUGCAACAGAUUCCCGGUCUUUCGCCCACGAACAAGUAUACGACAAUCGGACCAUUGGCCAUUGUGCUCUUGGUCUCUGCCAUCAAGGAGUUGGUAGAGGAUUACCGAAGACGAACUGCGGAUAAUGCUCUCAAUACUUCCCUGGCGCGAGUUUUACGUGGUUCGAACUUUACGGAAACGAAAUGGAAUGCUGUGACAGUUGGUGACGUAGUCAGAGUUGAGUCUGAGGAGCCUUUCCCGGCCGAUCUGGUUCUCCUCGCAAGUUCCGAGCCCGAAGGUCUCUGUUAUAUCGAAACGGCAAACCUGGACGGCGAGACCAACUUGAAGAUUAAGCAAGCUCUCCCCGAGACUUCGACAAUGGUUUCACCCAGCGAGCUCAGCCGGCUGGGCGGGCGCGUCAAGUCGGAACAGCCCAACAGCAGCCUGUACACGUACGAAGCGACAUUGACGAUGCAGGCAGGUGGAGGAGAGAAGGAGCUCGCGUUGAACCCAGAGCAGCUACUCCUCCGAGGCGCCACCUUAAGAAAUACUCCAUGGAUCCAUGGCAUUGUCGUCUUCACGGGCCACGAAACCAAGCUAAUGCGAAACGCCACAGCGACGCCAAUUAAGCGGACCAAGGUCGAGAGACAGCUCAACUGGCUCGUGCUCAUGCUAGUCGGUAUGCUGUUGGCACUUAGUCUCAUCUGUACCAUUGGAGACUUGGUGAUGCGCGGCGCCACGGGCGACUCGCUUUCAUACCUCUACCUGGACAAAAUCGACAGUGCCGGAACCGCGGCCGGAGUCUUCUUUAAAGACAUGGUUACGUAUUGGGUGUUGUUCUCUGCCUUGGUUCCCAUCUCUCUCUUCGUUAGUAUAGAAUUGGUCAAAUACUGGCAUGCUAUCCUCAUCAAUGACGAUCUCGACAUGUACUACGAUAAGUCUGAUACGCCAGCUACUUGCCGAACCUCGAGUUUGGUUGAGGAGCUUGGCAUGGUUGAGUAUGUGUUUUCAGACAAGACUGGUACGCUUACCUGCAACCAGAUGGAGUUCAAACAAUGCUCUAUUGGUGGCAUCAUGUACGCCGAAGAGGUUCCCGAGGACCGCCGGCCGACUGGCAUGGACGACGAGGAGUCGGCCAUUUUUGACUUCAAGACACUCCAAGCCAACCUGGAAAGCGGCCAUGAAACCGCGGGAAUGAUUGAUCAUUUUCUCUCCUUGCUAGCCACCUGCCACACGGUUAUCCCUGAAAUGAACGAGAAAGGACAGAUUAAAUAUCAAGCAGCCUCUCCCGAUGAAGGUGCGCUGGUGGCCGGAGCAGUCACCAUGGGUUACCGAUUUACUGCUCGAAAGCCCAGAUCCGUCCUUAUCGAAGCGAACGGCCGACCGCAAGAAUACGAACUACUAGCCGUCUGCGAGUUCAACUCGACCCGUAAGCGAAUGUCAGCCAUUUUCCGCUGUCCGGAUGGCAAGGUUCGAAUCUACUGCAAGGGUGCCGACACCGUCAUCUUGGAACGACUAAAUGACCAAAACCCUCAUGUCGAAGUCACUUUGCGCCAUCUCGAAGAGUACGCCUCGGAGGGUCUCAGGACGCUUUGUUUGGCUAUGCGCGAAGUUCCCGAACAAGAAUACCAAGAGUGGCGCCAGCUCUUCGACGCGGCAGCGACGACUGUGGGUGGUAACCGAGCUGACGAGCUGGACAAGGCUGCUGAGAUUAUCGAACAUGACUUUUACCUUCUUGGGGCCACUGCCAUCGAAGAUCGUCUCCAGGAUGGCGUACCAGAGACCAUUCACACUCUCCAGCAGGCCAACAUCAAAGUCUGGGUCUUGACGGGCGAUCGACAGGAAACGGCCAUCAAUAUCGGAAUGAGCUGUAAGCUUCUUAGUGAAGACAUGAUGCUCUUGAUUGUCAACGAAGAGUCGGCCGCUGCCACCCGCGACAACAUCCAGAAGAAGCUCGAUGCCAUUAGAACACAAGGAGAUGGUACCAUUGAAAUGGAGUCGCUUGCUCUCAUCAUUGACGGCAAGUCUCUCACCUAUGCUCUUGAAAAGGGCUUGGAUAAGCUCUUCCUCGAUCUCGCCGUCAUGUGCAAGGCAGUCAUCUGUUGCCGUGUGUCACCUUUACAGAAAGCCUUGGUCGUCAAGCUGGUCAAGAAGCAUCGAAAGCAAUCAAUCCUUCUUGCUAUUGGCGACGGAGCAAACGAUGUUUCCAUGAUCCAGGCAGCACACAUUGGUGUUGGUAUCAGUGGUGAAGAAGGUCUACAGGCCGCACGAAGUGCCGACGUGGCUAUUGCUCAGUUCAGGUAUUUACGAAAGCUGCUACUCGUUCACGGCGCGUGGAGCUACCAGCGAGUGAGCAAGACGAUUCUGUUUUCUUUUUACAAGAACAUCGCCCUAUACUUGACGCAGUUUUGGUACACGUUCCAGAAUGUUUUCUCCGGUCAAGUUAUUUACGAAUCAUGGACCCUGUCUUUCUACAACGUCUUCUUUACCUUCUUCCCGCCGCUUGCCAUUGGUAUCUUGGAUCAGUUCAUCUCUGCGCGGUUGCUUGAUCGCUACCCUCAGCUCUACAUGAUGGGCCAGCAGAAUUCCGCGUUCAAACUCAAAGUUUUUGCACAGUGGAUUGUCAACGCUGUCUAUCACUCCCUCGUCCUCUACAUCUUUGCCGAGUUGAUCUGGUACAGCGAUCUGAUUGACAACCAGGGACAGACUGACGGUCACUGGGUGUGGGGAACGGCUCUAUACGGAGCUGUCCUCCUUACGGUCCUGGGCAAGGCGGCACUGGUAACGAACAACUGGACCAAGUACCACGUUCUGGCCAUUCCGGGCAGCAUGGCUGUCUGGUGGGUUUUCAUUGCCGUGUACGGUACCGUCGCGCCCAAGGUCCACGUCUCAACCGAGUACUUUGGCGUUAUCCCCAAGCUAUACAGCAGCCCAAUCUUUUGGCUCCAAACUUUUGUGCUGGCAUGUUUGUGUUUGUCGCGUGAUUUUGCCUGGAAGUAUGCCAAGCGAAUGUACUUUCCACAGACGUACCACCAUAUUCAGGAGAUUCAAAAGUACAAUAUUCAGGACUACCGGCCUAGGAUGGAGCAAUUUCAAAAGGCUAUCCGCAAGGUUCGGCAGGUGCAGCGUAUGCGUAAGCAGCGUGGCUAUGCCUUUUCGCAGGCCGAUGAGAGUCAGACGCGCGUGCUUCAGGCAUACGACACGACAAAGCACCGAGGACGGUAUGGAGAAAUGGAGAGCUCAAGACCAAUAGACGGGAUAUAAAAAAAACUAGCUGUUUUAGGAUGGUUGUAAUGAUUUUCUACUUAAUGUCAUGUCAAAAUCAAGGAGUGAGUGUAUUCUUUUUGGGGGGGAAGCGGAGUGGCAAUAAGGAGUAGCAUGGGUGGUAGCCAUGUUUGAUGACUGAAGCCAGAUGGAGGACUAUGAUUGCUUUUUCCGUCUCUCUAUUAGCUAUUAUGCCAUAUAUGAUGACUUCUCCAAAACUCUUGGCUCUGGCGGCUUGUUUUCUGGCUUUUUGUUUUGUAUAACUCGUCUUGGUGUGAUUCUGCUUGUGGAUGGGGGGUGAACGAAGCAGGAAUUAAAAAGAGGGGGGCAUUGGUUGUACGGAGUUGGAGUUUAUGUUGCUAGAUGCUUUAUGUAGUGUUUGUGGCCAUGUUUUGGAAAAAGAACAAGAAUAUCAUUCGUUUGCAAGUGCGACCAUAGGAUGCGAUAUCAUUAAUGGCAAGCUGUUGAUGAAAUCUUGAGAUGUGAUUCUAGAGGCAUCUUUAGACGGAGAUUGAGUUGUCCGUGUAACUUGAGCUUUGUGACAGGCUGUUAUGUCAGAUAUCAACUUUUCAAUCUCUAUAAUUGAUUGGUGUGAUAUAGUUUUCGCUGCUUCCAGACAACCUUGCCAAAUGCAAGUUUUUGCGCAAUACGUUACACACUUGACGUGUAGAUGAACAAUGAGCAUCAUCAAGACUUUGAACUGGAAACGGGCAAGAUACGAGUUGUCAUCCAUGAUCUACUCUCUUUCACUGUAAAGUUGUGAUGCCUCACGUAUGACAAGUCGUUCACUCUGACACAAUACACAUGAUAUCAACAGCCAGGUUCUACCACAUUCUCGAUUUGGCUUAUUUAAAUCCGGGUAACUAGAGGUUACACUGC